AUGCAAAUACAACCUUCGAGGUCGAUCAGUCCCAAUCAGUUCCAAAGUUGCCAUGCUCGUUGGCGCGCACUCACUCACCGCACUCCUUCCUCCCACUCCUCCUUUCUCUACGGCGUCAAAUCUACCAAGAUCUACUGCCGCCCGACCUGUCCCGCACGCCUUGCUCGAAGAGCCAAUGUUGUCUUUUACGACACAGUAGACCAAGCGCGACGCGAUGGCCACCGGCCGUGCAAGAGAUGUCAACCGGAUAACGCGAGCUUCGCUGGAGAGAGGGAGGAGCUUGUCACAAGGGUUCUAGCGCUUCUGCGGACCAAGCGGGAUGAUCAUGAUCGGACAGUGAAGCGAGGCUUGAAGGAAGUAGCACAAGAGGUCGGUGUAACGCCGAGUUAUCUUUGCCGCGUGUUUAAGAGGACGAUGGGGCUUACGCUAGGAGCAUACAUGGUAGAAUUUGAGAGGGAGGUAAGCGAGGGUAAGACAGAGAGGGAGGUUCAAUCUCCGAGCACAGUUGGAUUUGGUAUGGGUGAGGCAGCGACGGGACUCUGGAUGCCAGCAACAACGGCAGGGAGUCCCAUGGCACCCGUCGAGGGUCCGAAGGAAGAUUUGGCGGAGCCGCAAAUGGGAAAUGUUGCAGAGGCUCUAGACUUGAACUUCGAUUUCGACGAGUGGUUCUGGACUGGAGGUUUCGUCCAAGAAGACUUCUGCAAUGAAGGCGCCUUAAAUGAUGGCUUGAACGCAGACGUUUUGAAUGAUGAUGUCUACAGAUGGGAUAUUUAA